AUGUUUCGACUUUCGAUCCAGAGUAUGGCCGUCGUCGUUGUGGUCUUAGGCACCGGGGCUGCUUCUCGCAUUUCCGAUACGCCUGGAUCUCUUGACGUUGAUGUCGACAGGUACCUGUUACUGGAACCAAGUUGGUCAACGCAAUCUGGGUGCCGCAACUUUUUGUUUCUCUUUGUCCUCAUGCCUCGCGAAUCCGACGGUUCAACAGGUGAAGUAUAUAUCCGUGGAAGGCUCAAAAUGUCAGAGAAACGUUGCGUACCAACGAGAAAUAUGGCAAAAUGA